UAGUAUCUCACAUUUACAGGUCAUUUAAACCAUAAAUAUGAACAACUGUUAAUUCAAAAUUUAAAAACAUGUAUGGAUGGAUAGUUUUAUCGUACUUUGUGUUGAGUGUCAGUAUGUUUGAAACAUCCAAGGUAUCAGAAAACGUGUUGAAAGACAAUAAAGGUGGGGAAUAUGACGUCAUUGAUGUUCAAAUUGGGAAUACAGAUAUUGCAAUAAUCCAGAAAGAUGGUGUUAUACUGGCAGACGAAAUUACCAGUAAAGACAAAGAGUAUUCAAUCAUCAAGUAUAACAGAACCUGCAAUGUUCAGUUUUAUGAAGACACUUCAGAUUCCAAAGCAUGCUAUGAAGCUUUUAAAGAUAACGAAAGCAUCCCGAAUGACACCAAAGCAGAAAUCAAAGAAGAAUGUGGAGAUUUAGAUAUUGCUUAUGUUAAGGCUGUUCGUUGUGACACAGAACACGGUAUCCAAAAAAGGUCAUGUUAUUAUUAUUCCUACCUUUAUCGAUGUUGCAGAAGGAUAGGAUGGUGGUACAGAUGUUAUAUCUGCCGGUACACUGUCUUAAGAUGCUAUUGAUUCGGAUGCUGCAGAAGGAUAUGAUUGUGGUACAGAUGUUAUAUCUGUUGGUACACUGUUUUAAGAUGCUAUUGAUUUGAAAUAUAGGAGUGCUUCUUUAUACAUUCAGUACUUUUGUCUUAUCGCAACAUUUUCUCUUUUAUAUCAAGAUUCUUAAGACACUUCUGUAUGGCUUUCUAUGUUAUAUAUUCGAAAAUAUGUUUGUCAGUGCGUCUAUCAUGGCUUAAAAUGAAUAACUUUUUUUUAUCACAAAUGUUAUAGCAAGUUUAAAUCAUACUCAGGAAAAGUAAAAUAAUAAAAAAACCGAACUCUGAGGAAAAUUGAAAAAAAAAGUUGCUUAUCAAAUGAUGUAGAAAAUGAUUGAUUAAAUUUGGUUUCAUAUCUAUCGAAAACUCUCACUUGUAUGACGCAUUACACUUGCUUUUAUAGCUAGCUAAAUCUCUCACUCAUAAGACGGAUGUUUAAUUCAAACUACAAUUGUUACCUUUUACUAAUAAAUAUUAAACAA